CAGGAUAAUUUAUUUAAUAAUUGAGAGUCGUGUCUUCUAUGUCAUCUUCAACCAAUAGCCACGAGAUUCUUCUCAUCCCAUAACAUAGAGCAAUAUACAAUUUAAUAAUGAUGACAAUCAUUUUAUUUAGGACAGACCUACGCUAUUUCUUGAUAAUUUGAGGUAUUUAUUCCAAUAAAGUAGAUUUUUAUGUGGUAUUCACAAAUACUUUUUAACCAAUUUUUACUUUAAAGAGUGGUGUAGGAAAAAUACUAUCAAAUUAUCAAGCACUAGUGUACAAAAAAAUAUUUUAUUUAAUAUAUUUGAGGAUUAUAUAAGGCAUGCGCAAUGCAAAAUUAGUUUGUAUUUAAUCAGAAUUUUUGAAGAGAUGGUGUGGCCAAUUCGGUCCAGAAUAAUUAGUUCAGUUCUCCGAUCAAAGGCACCUUUAGUUGGUUCAUGCGUCCAUGGAGAUUCUGUGAUUUCCUCAAUAACAAAGCCUCACCCAAAAUUUAUGAAUUGGGUGAAAUCGGAUGGUUGCCAUGCAUCAUCAUUGCCAUCAUUCAAGGAGAAACAACCAGAGGAUCUUAGUAAUGAAAGUAAAGAUCUUAAUGUAGGGAAUUAUAUGGUUGAAACUGAUGGCUACAUGAAUUUAUUUGGUUUGAUGAAGCAGAGGUUUUUAAAUUUCAAGAACCAAAAGUACAUAAAAGAGUUGGAGCAUUUUCAAUCUCUUGCUGAAGCUCAAUAUCCAAAGUUUAUGGUAAUUGCUUGUGCAGACUCAAGGGUAUGCCCCUCUAACAUAUUAGGAUUCCAACCUGGUGAAGUCUUUAUGAUACGUAACAUUGCCAAUCUUGUACCUGUGAUGAAGAAUGGACCAUCAGAGUGUAAUGCUGCUCUUCAGUUUGCUGUAACUACUCUUCAGGUUGAGAAUAUAUUAGUCAUUGGUCAUAGUAGUUGUGCUGGAAUUGAAGCUCUAAUGAGUAUGAAAGAAGAUACAGAACCAAGAAACUUCAUACACAAUUGGGUUGCCAAUGGGAAAGUUGCCAAAUUGAAGACCAAAGCUACCACAUCUCAUCUUAGCUUUGAUCAACAGUGCAGAUUCUGUGAGAAGGAAUCAAUUAACCAAUCAUUAUUAAACUUGCUAAGUUAUCCAUGGUUAGAAGAUAGAGUGAAGAAGGAAUUGCUUUGUAUUCAUGGAGGAUAUUAUAAUUUUUCGAAUUGCUCGUUUGAGAAAUGGACCCUUGAUUUUAAAGGAUGUAAUGUUAAUGAAGAACGUAGCAGUUAUGUUGUCAAAGAAAAGGAAUUCUGGAGCUGAGGGUAUUAUUGUCAUCUCACCUUUGUCAUGAUUCUAUCAUGUAAAGAAGCUAAUGUAAAAUUAUAAAACAAACGAAAUUUAAUACCUGCAAAACAUUUAGGCACACACAUAAAUAAAUAAAAAAUUAAAAGAAAAUUAAAAUUGUUAUAUCAAA